AGUAAAAAUGGUGACCCUGUAUCGGUUAUUAAUCAAGUGAGCAUCACAACGCACGCAUUGUUAUGUAACCUUAUUACUUAGCAUCGAUUUAUGAAGUGUCUAUCUCUAUGAAUAAAAAAAUUUAGAUUAUCAAUAAGAGUAAGUAAACAAGUUUAACAUGGUCAAGAAUAUGUGCCACGCUUUUAUCUCUUCAGAGGCCAUUCACUAGGUUUUGUUAUGGAAGAUUUAAACUGCACUGCACCAUUACAGAAUCUUAUAAAUUAUUUAUAUCAUUUACAUAAGUCUAAAAAUAUGUUUUUUACUACGUAGUUUAAGCAAACCAUUUUUGUUUGGCUCCAGUCGUGUAGGAAAGGGUGAUGUAUUGACCUUACAUUUGAAUUGCAGAAGGUCGCCGACAGUAGCAGACCACAGAUAGCAAUAAUUCUAUGGGCUGCUUCACAUAUAAUUACAAAAAUAUGAUAACACAUAAUAAUUUCAUCAUUUUACACUGAUUGUGGUAUUUUCAUACUGCGACUUGCAAGAAUGAAUUCAGUACAUUUCGAUAAAUGAGAGGGGCUACAAUCCGCACUAUAGCAAAUAAAAUCAGAAAGCUGCUCUAUUUGGUCAAAAUAUCUAUGUAUCUAUAGUGUUAUCUUUGGAUUAGAUUAGUAAAACGGUACACCGUUCGAGUAGUUUGCGCGCACCGUUUUUGUUGGACGAUCAGUGCAAUUAAAGUUGUGAUUUUCAAAUUUAAAAAUAUAGGUUUAGCCUGUUAUAUAAUAGAUCAGACAACGAAAAUACACACACUACUUAAAAUAUAUGCAGUGAAUAAAAGCAAUGUGCGUUAUUUAUUUUGACGUUUUUGUAAAUGUUUGGAUUUUCUGAUUGAAGACAGGCUUCGAAAGUGUAUUUUGAAUGGAGCGUGUAAGUGCAAUUUCUUCAGUUUGAUGUGCGAGAUCAUGUUAUGAAAUUACUUUUGUUUAAAAAAGGUUUAUUAAUGCAAUUAAGUGUUUUUGUUUGAUGAUCUUGCGGUUAUCGUAAUAUGACUGGAUUGUGUUUAUUUUUAAUUUGUAUCUGCUGUAAUUGCGUGCGAGCUCAAAUAUUGGGGGAAGGUGAUUACUUAAAUGACUAUCCUCCUGCAUCCGUAUAUCUCAGUGACGGCCAACAGGAUACAGGAUACGCAAAUUAUCGCAAGCCAGAAAUUAUUCGCCAACAGAGUGGAAGUGACAUAGUUUUAAAAUGCAGUACCACAUCCUGUUUGUACCUUAAACAAAACAGUCUUUGGGAAUUCAAGAGAUGCGAACCCGAUUUCAAAAAAAGCUCUUGCACAAAUUUGGACGGUCUCGGUAUUAGAGGGCGGCCAUCCAAGAACGUUACCUGGAAUACGGUCCGGGGGCAUGUCAUGAGACAUAAAUGUUCCGUCAAUUUACAUUUACACAACGUGAAUACUAGUCAUAGCGGUCUUUAUCGCUGUAUUACUGAUGAUAAAGUGAUCAAGACAUAUGAAGUAAUUGUUGUAGAUCGCAAUGUCAAAAGUAACUAUCAACCUGCAGAAUUACUAGACGUAAUACCACCAAAUGCGACGAUCGAGAUCAAUACGCGUGUAAUUAUCCAGUGCAGAGUGUACAGUCAACUUCCCCCAACGAUAUGGUGGUUCAAAGAAAGUGAUGCAACGAAUUACGAUAUUAAAUUUUCCGGUAAAUAUUAUCUACAAAUAAAUAAGAGCGUUUCCGCAUACAGCGUGCCGCACGAAUCUAAUGUGUAUUUAAGUAAACUUUACAUUUACCACGCAAAGGAAGUGGAUAGUGGCAAAUACGUGUGCUUCGCGUUGACUCAUAAUGGAACUGCUCAAAAAGACACCACCAUUAACGUGGUGCCAACGGAUAAAUACUGGGAACCCCAACGUUCAUUUGUGUUAUUGUUUUUAAUACCGAUCAUUUUUGCGUUGAUACCAGUAACAAUUUGGCUGUGCUAUUAUCGCAGGAAAAGAAAAAAUAUGCAAAAAAUUACCGGACAAGGGUAUCAAAAUGGUUGUGUGGUUAAACUUAUUUUGUCACAAAGAAUUGUUGCGUUAACUAAUCAUAGCACAGCUGUUUAGCAUCGGUUUCGCGGUGAUUAGUUUUACAAUAAAAUUCAGACUUAAUCUGUGAUUAUAGGUAUAGAACUGUAAAUAUAAACAAUUUUCUGUUUGAAGUUUUUUUUAAAACACCCUAGUUAUUAAGGUACUGGUUAAUUUGAUCACAUUGCUUCACAUAUGCAUGUUUUAUUUAUCUUCAGAAAAUAGACACCUAUUCCAAAUUUUUUGUAUUAAAAAAUUAUCCAGAAGACUUUUUUGAACUGUCAAUUACUGCAUCGCCCCAGUAAUGGCCCCUGACAUACAUAAGGUGAACACGAUUGGGUUCAUCUAAAAAACUCGGCAGCUUUACUGAUAUGAAAAAAAUAAAAUAA